GUAAUAACACUCCGUGGCAGUAGGUGGCGUUGUCGCGCAUUAAGUAACACAACGGCAGUCACACAAAACGGAAGCAGGAGUAGAACUGGAAGACGCUCACACGUGUUUCCAUCAUGUCUGCCUGUCGUCUUGUUGUGGAAUGAUAUGUCACCAGUUUGUUCUUUAAAAUAAUAUAUACAGUAUAAGUUAUCGAGUGCAGCUUUAAAGGAACAUUUGAGGCUUCAACAUGGCCCAGAGAAAGAAGAAGCUGACGAAGAAGAAGAGAUACGGAGCCACGGAGGCUGAUUCUGAUUCCGGGGACUUUGAGUUGGCUGCUGAAGUUAAAGACGAUGAUUCGUCAGGGAAGAAGCUGCCACGGUUCCCUGCCUCAUCAGACUGCCUGUCAGAUGUGGAACCGGACACCAGGGAGCUAGUCAGAGCCCAAAACAAGAAAAAGAAGAAGUCUGGAGGUUUUCAGUCAAUGGGUCUCAGUUACCCCGUUUACAAAGGAGUAAUGAAGAAGGGUUACAAAGUCCCAACUCCAAUCCAAAGAAAGACUGUCCCAGUGAUUCUGGAUGGAAAGGAUAUUGUAGCCAUGGCCAGGACUGGCAGUGGUAAGACAGCUGCCUUUUUGAUUCCAAUGUUUGAGAAGCUGAAGGCCCCUCAAGCCCAAACAGGAGCCAGGGCCCUCAUCCUGACCCCCACCAGAGAGUUGGCUUUGCAGACUAUGAAGUUCACAAAAGAGUUGGGAAAGUUCACUGGCCUCAAGACUGCCCUUAUCCUCGGUGGAGACAGAAUGGACGACCAGUUUGCUGCUCUUCAUGAAAACCCUGACAUAAUCAUCGGCACGCCCGGUCGUCUCAUGCAUGUUGUCAAGGAGAUGAACCUGAAGUUGCAGAAUGUGGAGUAUGUGGUGUUUGAUGAGGCCGACAGGUUGUUUGAAAUGGGUUUUGCGGAGCAGCUUCAAGAGAUCAUCCGCAGGAUGCCAGACACCAGACAAACUCUGCUCUUCUCUGCCACUCUGCCCAAACUGCUGGUGGAAUUUGCCAGAGCUGGGCUGACGGAACCGGUGCUUAUUCGUUUGGAUGUGGAUUCUAAGCUCAGUGAUCAGAUCAAGCUCUCAUUUUUCCAUUUGCGUGCGGACAACAAGCCAGCAAUGCUGCUUCAUCUCCUCAGGAACGUGAUGAAGCCUCAGGAGCAGACAGUGGUCUUCGUAGCCACCAAACACCAUGUCGAGUACCUCAAGGAGCUGCUUCUCUCAGAAGGAGUUGAGUGUGCCUACAUCUACAGUGCCCUUGAUCAGACUGCCAGAAAGAUCAACAUUGGAAAAUUUGUGCACAGAAAAGCCAUGGUGCUAAUUGUAACUGAUGUUGCAGCCCGUGGUAUUGACAUCCCCCUGCUGGACAAUGUCAUUAACUACAAUUUCCCAUCCAAGGCCAAGCUCUUCUUGCACAGAGUUGGUCGUGUGGGACGUGCGGGCCGCAGUGGAACAACAUACAGUUUAAUUAGUUCAGAUGAGAUGCCUUUUGUCUAUGACCUGCACCUCUUCCUUGGGAGGCCUGUUCAGUUCGCAACACAUGAACACACACGCGAUUCAGAUGGUGUGUUCGGCCGCGUCCCUCAGACCAUCCUUGAUGACGAGGGCUCUCAUCUCAUCGCGGCGCACGAAAACUUGCAGGACCUUGAGAACUUACAUCGUAUCUCUGAGAACGCCUACAAGCAGUACCUCAAAUCUCGACCAAACCCCUCACCUGAGUCCAUCAGACGGGUCAAAAACACAGACCUGUCCAGCAUGGCAGUCCAUCCAUUACUCGGGUCAGGUUUGGAGAAAAUGGCACUGGAGCAUCUUCAGUUAGUUGAUGCCAUCAAAGGCUACAAAUCCAAAUCGACUAUCUUUGAAAUCAACUCCAACAGUAAGACACAGGCCAGCGGGGUGAUGCGGGCUAAACGUUCAAAAGACGCACAGUUGGUGGACAAAUUCAGCAAACAUAGAGAGGAUCUGGCUGCAGAGACCCGCCUGCAUCAGCCCACAAACACAACCACUGCUGACGAGGAUUUCACAAUCACCAGUGGCGAUCAGGACGAUGAUCUUAAUGGGGUGUUCUCAGCAGUGGUUGGUGGAAAAAGGAAAGGCCUGCAGGGAGAUAGUGAAGAACGGCCAAAGAACAAGAAAGGCAAGCAGGCGGGUAAAGAUGAGGAGUAUUACAUCCCAUACAGACCCAAAGACUUUGAUUCUGAGAGAGGGUUAAGUCUUGGUGGAGAUGGCAGUGCCUUUGACCAGCAGGCCUCCUCAGCCGUCCUGGACCUCAUGGGUGACGAAGGAGACAACCUCAACAAGCACAAACACAUCAUGAAAUGGGACCGAAAGAGGAAGCGCUUUGUGAAAGAAACAGGAAAGGAAGACCAUAAGAAGAGGAUCAAAACAGACGCUGGACAGGUCAUCAAUAACAAGAAAAACAAGAAGAACUUCUACGAGGAGUGGAAGAAAAAAUACAAGAUUGAUGAUGCAGAAGAUGGCUUGGAUGAAGAAACAGGAGGAGGAGGUGGAGGGAGGCAGCCAGGAGGAGGUCGUGGUCGUGGUCGAGGUCGAGGUCGUGGCGCUACCCCACAGAGCCGCACAGGACCACAGUUUACGCCUGGUGGCCGCAGAGUGCGCUCAGAGCUGAAGACGCGCAAGCAGAUCCUGGAGCAGCGCAAGAAAACGCAGAAGCAGGAGUUCCUCCAGGGCGGAGGGAUGAAAAAUCUCCGUGCCAAGAACAAAAAGUGGCUUGGAGAAGUUAAGAAGUCAGGUUUUGGACGAGGCGGGCAAAAGAAAGGCAAGAUGAAGAAGAGAAUGUGAGGAGAACACCCACGGGUGUGAGAAACUAGAGAUCAAGAGAAUGGCGAGGGACUGAAUGAUGAAUGACCAGAUGAUCCGUGCUUCAUGAUGCCUUGUGUGAUUGUGGAUUGAAGGAGGAGAGUUGAGAUGUGCCUCAUCAUUUUUGCUCGUCGCUGAAUGAACUCUGUCACAGAGUGAAGGAAAGAACGAUCCAAUGAACUGGAUUCUCUUCUUUCAAGAGUAUCGGGCAGAAUAAUCUGCUCACAUGGGAUUUGUGUUGUAAAAUGUUAUUCACAUUAAGAGAUAGCAGAAUACAAAUGUGAAUAAGGCUUUAAUAUGUGUCACAUCUUCAUUUGCAGUCCAGUUCCCUGUGGAUUCAGAAGGCAAACAUAUCUGAGGAACAAGAUAUGAGAUGAGCUUGUUUAUGUGGGAUUAUAUAUUUAAAUUUCCUCCUGCAAUGAAGAUCCAUUUUGUGUACCAGCUUGGUGUGACUUUUUCCAGGGCCUGGAAUGCUGAUAGAAUAUAUCAGUCAGUGCUACCAUAUAAAUGUAUGUAAUGUAUCAGUUUAAAAAAAAAAAAAAAAAGAGAACAGAAAUGAGUAAAUUGUUCACAUUACAUUCAACUUUUAAAAACAAUGUUGUUUCUUUUGCUCAUAUACAUUCAAGGUUUCCAGGUGAAUGCCCUUUGAUUUGAAUUGAGUUUCUCCUAAGAAAUCCAACCUAAAACUAACUCAACCAUAAAAAUGUAUAAAUUGAGUCUUGAAUAGAUAUGGUCCUGCAAUCCUAAGAGAGUAAGUAACAAUGCAAGUUAACUACACUACUGUGUUACACUUUUCUACCUGAGGUGUGUCACGUGUAGAUGCAUCAAGGUAGAAACUUGAUUUUUCAUACUUUAUUUACAUAAGAUAUAAUGCACCUGUGUCUGGGAAAUACAACUUGUUAUUAGUAUCGAGUCAGUGGACAUGAUUGGAAAAAAUAUAAAUAUGUAUGUAGAAUAAAAAGAGCUCAUUUGUAUACAAGUAAAACCUGACACAAUUUA